AGCUCUUUGGCUGAGAAUUCUGAGCAGAACCCUCUUCUCCAUUCUCACUCACUGGUCCUUGUGGUCCUUGGCAUUAUGAAGAUUGAAAUUCUCUGUGGGCUGCUGUUCAUUGCAGUAGCCUGUGUUCUCGCAGAAGAAUCUGAUAAUGCUGAAAAUGAAGAAAAGGGAAUGUGUCCGUCAGAUUUUUUCAAAAAGUAUCCAGAGGCACGAAAAUGCCACAGAAGUAAAAAUGGAAAGCGUCGCCAUUUCCCAGAUUUCAGUAAAAUGCCUAACUGUGGUGCCAACGGAACCUGCGAGGGCAACCUGAUGUGCUGCAGCUCACCCUGUGGUAUGAAGUGUAUGAAGCCAAUGUUUGAUAAGGAUGCCAAAAGACUGGCUGAACAAAAGGAUGAAAACAAUACAAGUGCAGAAUCAGCUGAACACGAAGAAGAAAUCACUGAGACUGACAAGAAAAUCGGAAUGUGCCCUUUCAAAUAUAUGAAAACUCACCCAGAAGUUAAAAAAAGGAUGAAAGAGGAGCUAAAGAAGAGUGGUGGCUUUGCAAGACAUGAAGGUUGCACACAGGGAGAGAAUUGUCCAGCAAUGCACUUCCCUAACUUCACCAAGAUGGCGGACUGCAAUGAAGAUGGAGACUGUGGCAAUAACAUGAGAUGUUGCAAAACUCCGUGUGGGAAGAAAUGCAUGAAGGCGAUAUCUACGGAUGAAGAGUUUUAUGACCUUGUUAAUUAUCAAAAAAAGGAUAACAGUGAACAAGAACUGGGUGAAAAUAAUGAAGAACAGAAUCAAAAACAAGGCACGAGAAAAGGACGUGAUGUGGGACACAAACAUGGGAAGGGCCUUGGGCUACAGGAAAAUCAUGAUAAUGGUCAAAAAAGGGGGGGAAAGCAUGGCAAGAAAUGUGGAAAAGGAGAAGAGCGCAGUAGAGGUCAAGGAAAAGGAGAGGAACAUGGUAAGGGUCAUGGGAAAGGAGAGGAGCACGGUAGAGGUCAUGGGAAAAAAAAGGAGCACAAGUGUCGUAAAGAAGGACAUGUUGAAUCAUCUAAUAAUGGGAAUAGUGAGGGUAAUAGAGAGAAGCACGUUAGGCAAAAAAGGUCCUUUUUUGAUCAAGGCGGAUUUGGAGAGGAGGCACCCAGAGGAAUGGAACAUGGAAUGCAAAAUGGAGAAGAAGGGGAACAAGGACAUGGGAAGGGAAAGUGUAAGGGAAAAGGAAGAGGAAAAGGGAAGGGGAAGGGGAAAGGGAAAGGUAAAGGAAAGGGAAGAGGGAAAGGCAGGGGUCAAGGUCAGUGUGGAGGAGAAGAACAAUAAAAUGCAAUUACAUUGAGUAUGCAUUUCAUUGACUGUCAAGGCUCUAUUACACACACCGAAUGCUUCUUUGUAGAAAAUUGACAAGCAAUAAAUAUCAAUAAAAACAAAA